CUAUCUCCCUUUCGGACUUAGUUUACAUCAGCUCGCCUGUUUCCAUUUUUUUCUACGAACCCUAGCUCUACUCAUCGAUCGAUGAAGACGACGACACUGCUCUCCCAGAGGACAUCGACGAAGAUGCCGUCUCCGCUUCUCGCGACGAGUUCGAUGAAGACGCCGUCACCACUGCUCCCAACGACUUCAAGGAAGAUAGGGGAGCAGCUGCGCAAGACGAUUCCUGAGGAUUUGACGUUGCCCCUGAAGACCGACCAGUUAAGUUUCAGAUAUGUCGCUUAAGGCUUCAACCACCUGUAGAUUGAAGGUCUUCUGCUCUUGAACGAAAAAGGGUAUUAGAGAAAAUCCCAAAUUGAUUGAGCAAAGGAGCAAUUUAAAAGGAUGUGGUCCUGGGUUGCACUUGUUCGUUUGCAGAAUGGGCAUCUGGAAGGGAAUUUCAGAAAGACGUUGUCAAGGCAGGUGAAAUAUUUACAGCCAUCGGCUAUAAACAUAUAGAAGCAGUUCAAGCCGACAAGAAACACUUACCCCUUCGCUUCCAUCUUGAGCACAUGUCUUGACAACCGGAAAAAGGGAGUAUUAACAUUUUUGUUCCUCCAAUAUUCUCAAGAUUGUGUUCACACUAAUUUCAAAGCCUUUAAGUAGUUACUUUCAGGUCCAUAAACAAUGAAGGCCCUUAUGAUAGUUCAAAUGAUACCCAAGUUGUAAAUGUUCAAUCUGCCAAUCCUAUAGCCACAAUAGCCCCAACAAAUUGUGACAUGAAUUGUGCAACUAUUCUUGAGAAGGAAACGACUAAUACCUCUGCUCGCCAACGCCACCGUGCCUUCAAACAUGAUGAACCCUCGGUGGCUACCUGUAACAAGGCGGUAACCGGGAAUGUAGCUCAUGAUCUGAUUACGUGUGUCCAAACCGGAAAUCAAGAUCUUCUUUCUAAUCCUAGCACUUCAGAUACUACACCGGCCCCAAAACUGUCCUGUGAUGAAAUCAUUUCUGAGGAUAGCCUAUUUUUAACUCUUUCUGUUUCAGACUUCAGUGACGGUGUGAUGAACAGUGCUAGCUGGAUUUUUGCUAAGCUCGUAUGCAUCAUGGCGGUUAAACAAAUGACUGGAAGGACAUAACAUUUGGAUGCUUGUGAUGUACUUUAUGUGUUUCCAGAACCUAUGUAAUGACUACUUUAUGUUUGCAGCCCUAUGUAGCUAGACUAGAAUUCAAGAAUAUUGGUAUUUUCGAUUUUGCUUUGUUUCCAAGAACAUGUUAACUUAUCUUUGAAUUUUCAUGUUCACUUUGAUUUGAAUUUAAAUGACAAUUAGUUAGUUAUGGGAUACU